AUGGCGGCAGACUAUGGUGGAGGUGUUCGUGCAAUUUCUCUCUCGCAAGGCGGCAGAAACUCCGAUGACGACGACGGCUCCUCCGAGCAUAGCCCCCGGAGCGCGAGUGGGGGCGUCGUCGUUGUGGGAGGCGGCUCUUCCUCGUCCAAGUCAAAGUUUGUGUCACCGUCAGGUGAGAUUAUCAUGUCGAAGAAGCCGAGAGGAAGGCCGCCGGGUUCGAAGAACAAGCCCAAGCCCCCCAUAGUCAUCACCAAAGACUCCGAGGUCGCCAUGAAGCCCGUCGUCCUCGAGAUCUCCGCUGGCUCUGACGUCAUCGAAGCCAUCAUCCAGUACGCCCGAAGGCGCCACGUGGGCAUCAGCAUCUUGAGCGGUUCGGGAGCGGUCUCCAACGUUACCCUUGUACACCCAGCUGGGCUACACCACCACCCUAGCGCACCCUCUCUGCUGUCUCUUCUUCACGGGCCCUUCAACCUCCUCUCCCUCUCCGGCUCCUUCAUGGACGCCGUCCCAGCAGCCGCCACGUGCCCUUCCUCGGCUUCCUCGAAGGUGGCCACGUCAGCUGGGGGCUGUUCUUUGCUGGGUAGCGGGUCGUUUGGGAUAUGCCUGGCUGGGGCGCAGGGGCAGGUGUUUGGAGGGAUUGUCGGAGGGAAGGUGGUGGCGGCGAGCGCUGUGGUGGUUGUGGGUGCCACCUUUGUGAAUCCGACGGUACUGAGGCUGCCUCUGCCUGGUGAUGAUCACGAUGAUCAUGAACAUGGUGUUGAGGGUGGGGCUCCUGCUGCUGAGUAUGAAGCUCAGGAGACGAAGCCUUGCGUUAAUGUUGAGAGUCAUUGUAGUGCUUACGGCGGCGGCGGCGGCGGCGUUGCGAGCUCGACGCCUAUGAAUUGCCAGAUCACAAGUGUUCCCGAUCAAGUCAUGCCUUGGGGUCCUCCCUCUCGCCCUCCUUACUAA